GUUUUAGGGCUGGUACGUCACUGGCUGCGAUUAAGCGAUGGAUCACCUGCGGGCGGCUUGACCAACCGAACAGCGCGCAAAACAUCCCGGUCCGGCAGCCCCCAUGCACGGCCUGACAGGGCAGUUUUAGCGGGAAGUGGCCGCAUUUUUCUUUCAAGGAUCUGCGGGCAACACAAGGAACCUGCGGCGGGGUGCGACAGGAAGACCAGAGACGGAUCGAACGGCGGCGGCAAGCUGAGGCAAGCUGUGGGUGGUGCUGCUGCCCGCUGCCGGAAGCUGCACCUCAGCUUGAUCUGGGAACCUGACCUGCCUGCCCAAAUGGAAGAAGCAUCAAAGAAAGGAAACCAGGAACCAGCAAAAAAACAACCUCCGAAUUCCAUUGCAUACCUCGAUUCAAACCACCAUCCGAACUCUCUGACGGCGAGGGACCUGUUCUUUUUUCUCCCACUCGUGUCCCUUGCAUUUCCCCUUUCCAACAACAUCAACACGUCUCUCUUUGCGUCUGCGUGCUGGAGACUUGUUGUUCUAUUCCUAAGCCGCUCACCCCUAGGUUGUUCGAAGCUUAUCUUCAGAUUGACUAUGAACUGCUAAAUGAGCUCCUCUCCGACACUGCCUUCGCCAGGCCAAUGGCCACCGCGAAGGCCCUCCAAAAGAAGUAAACUGCGCAAUGGCACCUUCAUCAUCCCCGCCACCGGCGAGCGCUCCCGCCGCGUCUUGACCCUCCGCACCAACAGCUCCGGCCUAUCCUCCCAAACCGACGGCACCCAUUCCCGCUCCCUCUCGGGCCUCACCACCUUCCCCUACGAACAAACAUCCUUCUCCGACCGUUUCUCCCACCUUGCGCGACAAACCUGCGAGAAAUGCGCCUGGAUUCUCCGCUGGCUCGACUCGCCCGUCGGCCACGGCGUGCUGAAAUGCACGCUGGCGUACACACUCGGCAGUCUGGCUACCUUCUGGGCGCCCAUCUCCGACUGGUUGGGCCGGCCGGACGGUAAGCACGUGGUGGCCACGCUGACUGUUUAUUUUCAUCCAGCGAGGUCCGCCGGCUCGAUGAUUGAGGCGGUGCUGAUUGCCAUUGUUGCGGUGGUGUAUGCGCAGAUUGUCUCGAUUUUGUCCAUGGCGACUUCGGUGCUGGUGGGAGGGCAGUGGCAUUGUGUUCCCUUGGCGCAUGCGCUGGUGCUGGCCGUCUUCAUAGGGGGAGGAUUUGGGUUUAUUGGUUGGGUGAAGCAGCGGAUGGGGAAUCCGUUGGUGGAUGUGGGGAGUACGCUGGCUUCGUUGGCGAUUAUUGGGGUGGUGACCAAGGAGACGGCGGUGUUGACGGGGGUGUUUUCGAAUCAAAAGAUUAUUCAGAUUCUCAAGAUGUUCUUUUUGGGGGUCAGUGCUACUACCGCGGUUAACCUUUUGGUGUGGAGGGUUUCGGCGAGAUCGUUGUUGAGGGACACCAUGACCAAGUCUUCGACUUCGCUGGGACACAUGUUGGCCUUGAUUACGAGUGGGUUUCUCAGUGGCUCAGAGGAGGAUGUCACGUCGGGCCAGUUUGCGGCUGCUUCAGCUGCGUACAACCAGGUGUAUCCUCAGAUGAUUAAGAACCUACGGGAGUCCAAGUUUGAGCGGUAUCUUCUGGGUCAGGAGAAACUGUACCAGCUUGACAGAGCUGUUGUAAGGUCUAUGGAAAGGUUGGCACAGUCGAUUGGUGGGCUCAGGAGCGCGGCCAACACGCAGUUUGCGCUGUUGAGAGAGUCGAUGAUGCAGGGGUCUGGAAUGAUGUCUCCGGCGGCGUCGCUCUACUCACCCGUCUUGCAGCGGACGUUGUCAAACACCCUUAAGAGCGGGAAAGGGUUUGGUAUUUUGUCCGCGAUUGACGAGGCGUCAGACGAGAGCAACGAGGACGAGAGAGGCCGUGUUAAGGACCGGCGUCGGUCGGAUGCUACGACUGCUAGCAUCCCGUUCCGCAACUCUUCUGAUAUCUUUGAGCUCUUUAUCAACCUGCUGGGUCCGUCGAUGAAGUCCUUGGCGUAUACACUCUCCGAGGUGCUGCGCGACCCACCAUUUGGCACGGCCCCCGACUAUGAAAUCACUAUCAAUGAUCACUUCCGCCAGAGUCUUACCGAUGCUCUGUCACUCUUCAACGGGGCAAGGGCGGACGCUCUUCAGGAGUUGUACAAGCACAUCGAGCUGGAUCGUACGAGAUCGGCCAGUAUCCAAGCCGACUUUGAAGAGGUGGCGGCGGCAUGUGGCCACUUCAGUUUUAGCCUGCAAGCGUUUGGGGAGGAGAUGCAAAAGUACCUCGACGUGCUGGAUGACUUGAAGUUCGCCAAUGAGCACAGGUUACGGAGCUGGCAAUGGAUGAAGUGGUGGGGCAACCGACGCGGAUACAACAACCGCAAGAUCACGUUGCCGUUUGACCAUGCGGAACGGGAGACGCUGAUCAAGCCGAUCAAGAAGAGCCAGAUGCCGAGGGGUAUUGCGGAUUCCAUGGUGCAGAGACGUGAUACGUAUGCAUGGAGUGCUGUUCCUGGGACGAACAAGGUUAUUGCUACGCUCUCCCAGAGGCUUCUCCGGGUGUUGAGAAAGGUGGCGAGGGAUGACAUCCGGUUCGGCUUAAAAGUCGGGGCUGGAGCAGCAUUUUGGGCCAUGUUUGCCUUCAUUCCACAAACUAAGGAUACUUACCAGCACUGGAGAGGCGAAUGGGGUCUGCUGUCGUUCAUGAUCGUGUGCUCAAUGACGGUUGGCGCAUCCAACACCACAGGCUGGGCCAGAUUUAUGGGAACGGUGGCCGGUAUCUCAGCAUCGGGCUUCAACUGGACUAUCAGCCAAGGCAGCGCACUGGCACUUAUCCCCCUCGGAGCCAUGGUGGCCUUCUGGGCCUUUGUCGUCAUUGUCGCUUGGGGUAAGGCUCCGCUGGGUAGAAUCACGCUCCUCGCCUACAACGUUUCGACCCUGUACGCCUACAGCCUGUCGCAAAAGGUGGAUGACGACGACGACGAUGAAGGCGGCUCGAAUCCCAUCAUUGGGGAAAUCCUCCUCCAUCGUUUCGUGGCUGUCACGGCUGGUAUCUUGUGGGGAUUGAUCAUUUGCCGGCUGGUGUGGCCCAUAUCGGCACGCAAAAAGUUCAAGGAGGGCUUGAGCAUGUUGUACUUGCAAAUGGGACUCAUCUGGAAGCGAGGACCGCUGGCUAUCCUGCUCAGGAGCGAUUGUUCCCGGUCCUAUCUACGGUCUGGUGAGCAGGCUGCUCUCCAAAAAUACGCCGCCCGGCUGGAUGCCCUUCGUGGGAGCGCGACCAAUGAGUUUGAGCUCCGAGGUCCCUUUCCAGCCGAACAAUCCGCUCGUCUGAUGGGCUGUGCGCACCGGCUCUUGGACGCAUUUUACGCCAUGUCACUGGUCACGCAGAGGAAGGGCAGUUUAACAGAGGGGGAGCGAGCGCUGCUGAUGUACACGGCUGACGAGAGAGCGCAGCUGUGCGAACGCAUCUGUCAUGUGUUCCAAGUGCUGGCUUCUUCCCUGAUGCUAGAGUACCCCCUGACGGACGCGGUGCCGAGUGUUGACCGGACGAGGGACAGGCUGCUGGCCAAGAUUUUCCAAUUCCGAAAGGAACACAAUCCUAGCGUGGUGCUGGACUAUUCUUCUUCUAAUGCGGGAAGUGGUAGUAUCGGGUCGUCGGGGAUGGGGUUCGGAGGACUGCUGGGUAAGCUGUCGCAUUUGAACGUGGAGGAGAGAGAUUAUGCUCUGCUGUAUGCAUAUGCCUUGGUAACAGGGCAGGUGUCGGAGGAGCUCAAGGUGGUGGCCAAGGAGAUUGAGGGGUUGUUUGGUGUGUUGGAUGAGGAUGCGCUUUUGUUGCAGUAAAUAGGGUCAAGAUUGAGUACGAUAAGGGAGUGACGGGGGGCUAAAAAAGGAGUUGGUUUGGUUUGGGUAGGAUGGGCAAUGGGAAGAGGAAAGGGAAUUUGUAUGGGAAAUAGCAUGGUAAUGAUACCUAAGAAUAAAUGACAUAGAUGUACAAAGUUCACUUGAAGCCUUUGACGUUGGUGUGGAGGGGUUGUCCAAUGCCUGGCUGGAGUCUGAUGUUUUGUUAGAAAACGGACUUUGACUUUGAACUGGCAGGUUGUCAUG